GACGCGUCUCAUUUUCUGCAUUUCCUCCGCAACGCGUCUGUACCAAAAAGUGAUCAAUCCUUCUGCAUAGUAUUAUCCCAGGUUUUAACCACGAGAACAUGGAGCCAGAGUCGCCAUUUCGCCUCCUCUUCCGCACAUGGUCCAGUUCAUCAGCCGGCACAAAUUCGCGACGAGGCUUUCUAUCCGGCGAUCAAAAUCGGAGAGAAAUUGGUCUCUUUGAGAUUGCCAAAAUCUUCGAGAACCACAACAACUUGCACAACAGGAUCCCUACAUGCUUCAUCUCAACCACAGAGGACUCAAUACGUGCCUUGAAAUACGCCAUCGAUCUGGCAGUCCAAGGGGCUAGCGGUAUUCAUAUUUCCGUCGUCCGAAGCAACGAAUACCCCUGCGGUAAAGAAGUUGCAGCCGAAGUUUCAAGCGUUCUUUUUAGUAUCAACGAAUCCCUUUUCAAAACCGAAUUCCUCUUCCUCUUCGAAAUUGCACCCGCCGAUAUCCUCCACGUCGUAUCGUUUGAAACUCUGGUAAGAAACGGGCUGCUGAACAAACUCAAAGUCCUUGAGCCCACGACCUGGGUGGACGAGUACGAAGAUGAUACUCUGCACCAGUUGCCUCGACUUUCGGCAAUACGCCAGCAGACCCACGAAAACAAUGAGGAUGCUUGGCGGAACGCAAACGAGAAGACUUGACCAGAGCGUUCGGGCCGGUAUGUAGCUGCUAUAGCGAAGUGCUUUGGUGCCGGUGCUCCACACUGCGCCAUUGCGUCACUCAUAUGGGAGCAUGGGACACAUCUCACGCCGGCGAAUUAUGAGUACGACGGGUUGGACCUGCGUGUAAGGAAUGCUAUACAGAAAUCUCUGGACAAGGACGCUCGUCCGUGCUG